CAGUGACAAAAAAACGGAUUUGGCUGUUGUUGUGUUGUGUUUGGCAACGAAAGCAACACCUGCUGCAUCCACAAUCAGAGUGCACGCCCAGGCCUUGACCUUCAUCCAUCGCAGACUGAAGCGCGAUGGAGGUGUACACCCGCGUGAAGAACAUUGGGAGUGGCUCCUAUGGAAGCUGUGUUCUGGUGCAGCGGAAGGACAAUGGUGCAUAUCGCGUCAUCAAACAAAUCAAGAUUGACACAAUGUCGGCGAAGGAACGCGAAGAGGCCAAGUUCGAGGCCAGCGUGAUGCUGUCUCUCAACCACCCCAACAUCGUCAAGCUGCUCGAUCCAUGCUUCAUUCAGGGUGGAUAUCUGCACAUCGUGAUGGAGUACGCAGAGAACGGUGAUCUGUGCCAGGCCAUCGAUGCGCAGCGCGCCAAGAGCGCGUUGUUUGAGGAGUCAAACGUGAUGAACUGGUUUGUGCAAGUCACGUCGGCACUGAGCUAUUGCCAUUCUGUCAACCUGAUGCAUCGCGACAUCAAAUCGCAAAACGUCUUCAUCAUGCGCAACGGCAUUGUCAAACUGGGGGACUUUGGCAUUGCAAAAGUGCUCUCCAACAACACGCAAUUUGCCAACACGCUCGUGGGAACGCCCUACAACCUCUCCCCGGAGCUGUGCGAGGACAAACCAUACGGCAAGAAGAGCGACAUAUGGGCACUUGGGUGUCUUUUGUAUGAGAUGCUGACGCUGAACCACCCUUUCAACGGCAAGAGUCUGCCAGCCCUCGUCCUCAAAAUCAUGAACGGUCGGUUUCCGCCCAUCUCGGGCCAGUAUUCCCAGGGAAUGCAUGAUCUGAUCAACUCGCUCCUCGCAAACGACCCAAGUGCCCGCCCCUCCGCCGCAGAGAUCCUGCACCGGGAGUUUGUGAAGACGUGGUGCUACGAGAAUCUGCUGGAGCGGCGGCGGUCCCGGCACUCUUCCGCUUCGUCACUCGCAGCAGCACCCACACACCACCAGCACCAACAACCACAGCAGCAGCAGCACGAUCAGACGUUCACCGCGGGCGAUGCACCGGUUGCAAACUCCAAUGCGCUCGCGCGCGUGCGCGGCGGAUCUGAGAAGCGGCGGUCGCCUCUCCAUCGCGUGGAAUCCGUGGAAGGCCAGGGCCCCAUGCCGCAGCCUCGAAAGCUAAACGCAUUUACAAGCAGCGAGAUUGUCAUGCCACAGAACAAACAGGAGACGCAACAAACAUCCGUUCAAGACAACGUGUUCCGCGCAGUGGAUCCUGUGCCCACAGCGGUGUCCUUCUCAGUUGACAUUGCACCACCAAAGCGGAAACCGCCCAAGAAGCGGCAAUCCCUCGCGCCAAAGCAGCAGUCGAAAGACACUGGACGCACAUCACCAACGAAGAGCAAAGCAACGGCCAGCAAGACAGGCAAACCUUCAGGCGACACAGCGGCAACGAAAACAUCAGCACCAUCGUCAUCAUCAGCCACAACAGCAUCACAAGCAACAUCAUCAAAACCAACGACAACUACAACAACAACAGCAGCAUCUCGCGGUGGUGGUGGGAAGAGCAGAACCCGACGUGUUCUAGCAGCCGCGUUUGGUGGACGCAAGAAGAAGGCAGCAGCAAAUCGUGAUGGUGGCACAACGACCAAGCCGGUGAGCACAGGUGGCGGUGAUGGUGAUGAUGGUGACGCCCUGGGAGCAGACUUUGGAAAGACGAUGGUGGUGUCGAAGACAAGCAGUGACAAGGAUGGCGCUGCAAGUGCACCACCAACAGCAACGGCGGCAGCGACGGUGACGAAGAAGGGUGGGCGACCACGGCGAUUGCUGCCGUCUACGACACACGUGCGCGCCGCGGCAGCCACGCGGUCACGCACGUCGUCAUCGUCAUCCACCGGAUCCGUCACGUCCACAGCAUCAGCGCCCGCAGGGGAGGUGGGGAGAACACAGGCAGCGGUGAACGGCAGGACACGCAAGCUCAACUCCACCACCACGACAACCACAGCCACCACAACAACAACGAGGACAACAGCAGCGUCGUCGGGGCUGAGAGGGCCGAGGACGAACGCGAGGGACCGCCGAUCGGUCGGUGGCAUCACGCUCGGGCGCACAGUCGCAGUUGGCAGCAGUGGUGGUAAUGGCAUUGGCAGUGGUGCGAAGAAGACAAAGGCGAGGAGGAGUGUUGGUGGUACGGGUGCUGGGCGCAGGUCCACGUCACCGUCCAUGCUCAAAUCGACGACGACGAAAGCCAACGCAUCCACACGAUCAUCUCAGUCGCCAUCAGCACCAUCAGCGUCGUCAUCAUCAUCAUCAUCAUCGUCAACGGCAACGACAAGUCGAUCGCGUCGCUCGAUGACGACGAGGGAAAUCAUCCACGACAGCGAUCUCAACAGGAAGCGCCAGCAGAUGCGCAAGGACGCAAAGGCGCGGCGUGAGGAGGAGAAGAGAAAGCUGCAGGAGCACGAGCGACGGGUUCGCCAAAUACGGCAGGCCGGAUCAAAGGUGCAGGUCGUGCGCAAAGGCAACAGGAAGCCACAAGCGCAGCGUGGGUCAUCCCCCAGCCAGCAGCAGCACGAGGACACUGAUGCUGAUCACAAUGGCGGUGAUCGUGAUGGUGACGACAUGACAGCACCAGCGUCUCUCGCCCGACCCGUGGGCCGCGCCGGCCUCCGCCAGCAACCACCAAUGACAGCGACCGACACAACAGCGGCGUUUGAUGAUGGUGAUGGUGAUGGUAUAAGCACGUCCACGACAACCAUCAAGACAUCGUUGCCGUCGGCAGGGGCGCCCGCUGAUGUGAAGGAGGGUGAAGCGCAGGACGCGAGCGAACGCGCGCGGAGGCGAGAGGAGCAGCGCAAGUCACUGCGUGCGCGAAUGCGCGAGGGACGAAAACGCGUCAACAAAGAGCAGGACAUUGUUGUGGAAAUCAAACUGAGCGACAAGGUCAAGUCAAUGCAGCAUCGCGCCAGAACGCGUGAUGCCCCAGCACGCGAGCGGGUGCGCGCUAAAGACGAUGGAAGCGACGCGACCUCGGAUUCAGAGGCAGAGCAGGACCGCCAUGAUGUGCAGGCUGUCGUGUCCAACCUGGAGAAAGCCAUGACAUCUGAGCUGGCAGCAAACGAUCUUCCAUCAACCACAACGGCAGCAACUGCUACGACACACGCUCCUGCCGCUUCACAGCCUGGUGCUAACAAGUCAACCAAGGGGUCGAAUACCUCAGCAACGCGAGCUGCAACAAAGGCAACAAAGGGGAAGGCGCAGCAACCAGCAGCGUCGUCAUCAGCGCAAGCGGCAACAACAGCGUGUAGUGCUGAGUCAGCACAGGCAAGGGGCAGCACAGCGACGCAGCGGGGCGAAGACGCGCUCGCUAAACACGUCUUGGAGCUUCGUGGCUCGUGUGUACAUGCACUUGGCGCGGACUUGUUUGACCAAGUGUACGAGAAGCUCCAUCGCGUCGCACUGGCUGACAAUGAUGCUGACAAGGAAGCAGAUGUCGAUGACGCCAUGCACUUGUUGCGACAAAAGUUCAUCUCCUCCGCAGACACAAACACCGUUUACCAGCCGCCUCCACAGCAGCUGGCCCAGCGCAUGAUUCGCAGAGUUCAAAACUUGAUUUGCUGCGAAGGAAUCUUGUUGUCGUCACAGCCCGUCUGAAUGUGUAGACAACUUGAUUGUCUAUCCACCUGCAUUCCCCCCCCCCCACACACACACACACACCCUCGCUUUCGUGUUACCGGUUCAUCGAAUAUAUUCUUGACCAUGCGUUUCAGUGGUGUUUCUGAAAUGAACACACGCUCCUCCGUCCAUGUAUCAUGCAUACAUGCAUGCAGCUUGCUCUCAUCAGCGCAGUGCUCGAGUCAAAUGGAAGUCUCCGACAUAACAAUUCAAAACACUCUGCCAACUUAAAUGCUUGAUUCGUUUUAGUGCGAGGAGGGAAGGAAGCGACACAGGACCAGCAGCCAUCAUCAUUUCACACACAGGACAGAACAGGACAGAGA